CGCCGCUGUGACGGGUGCGUAAGGUCAAAGUUCAUAACAAUGGCUGAUCAUGUUGAGGAAAAGCCAGAAUAUUGUCGUCCAAGAAAGGCAGAACUGUGCAUCUUCUGACGUUAACACGUUGAAAUAUUAUUAUUUUCUUAUUUAAGAAGUAGACCGUUCGAUUGUAUAGGUCGCUUCUUUGUCGCACUUUUAAACGUCAACACAAGUAACAAAAAAGCUGCAGCUGUCUACGUGUACAGACACGGGUUUGCUAUUGCUAACUGAGACGACAACAUGGAGGUACAGAAUGUCGAAGGGAUCAGAACCUGGACGCUGUCAGGCGGCUUCGCUUCGCUCCGUUUCGCCAAAGACAGGAACGUAGUUUAAUAGCUAUGUGUAAUCCGCGCUCAAGGGAACGGAAGACAGUGCCUCACCAAUUUGAACCCCCGGUUGUUUUAGCAACAGGUGAAAACUAACACUGUGCUGAACCGAAAAAUGGGCAAGCGAAAUCGUAAAAAAAGUACUGAAUGAUGUGCUGUGAACGCCCAUCUCGGUCGCACCGUUUGUACUGUCUGGUGAACAACAUGGCUCCAAGGUAUUAAUCAUGUGAGAAGAAGAGGUAUUAGAAGCACGUUAGCAAGCUGGCAUUAGAUUAGCAAUGAAAAUGCCUCGACUGGAAGAAAUAGCAAAUGUCGCCUUGAGAGUGCCUAGCAUACUCAUGCUGGAUUUGUUGUACAAGUGCGACAUAGACAGUUUCACGGAGCAUCUAAAGGCAAAGAAUGAAGACAUGCUUUUUAAAUACAAAUAUGUAAUUUGGAAUCUCUAUUAUGUUGGUCAUCUGGUCAGCAUAGUUGUGCUGGUCCUGCCUUUGAGACACAUUGUGAGGCUGUACCUCUACGUCCUGACAGCCCUGCUGCUCUAUGUGGGUCACCAAGUCUCCAGAGAUUAUGUACGUGGGGAAUUGCACUAUGCGUACGAGGGAGCAGUGUAUCUGGACUCCUUGGCUUUCAGCCGUUUUGUAGCUGCUCUGACAAGUCAGAUUAUCCUCAGCACACUGUGUGCCUUCCUGAUGAAGACCCGGGAAGUGUGGCUCUUCUCAGCUCACCUGCUCCCCCUGCUGGCCCGCCUCUGCAACACGCCCCACACCACCCUGGUCGCCGUCAGCUCCUUCGCCAUGGUCCUCACGGGCCUGGAGGUGGCACUCUUCCUCAUCUCCAACCUCUUUGUGCCCUACCAGCUGGCCAGGGCAGCGUACAGAGAGCUCCUGCAGGUGGAGGUGCUGGAGCUGUACCGGCUGCUGGCACUCGGGAUCUCUCUGUGGAAUCAGUUUGCCGUCCCCACCCUCUUCAGUGUCUUUUGGUUUGUGCUGUUCCUGGUGCAGAUGUACUCACACAUCACAUCCAGCAAUCCCUUUACCAACCACCAGGGAGUGCUAUUUGUGUUCCUUACCAGUGUCUCAGAGUGCUGCGCUACUCCCUACUCCUUACUGGGCCUGACGUUUGUGGUGUCAUACCUGGCUCUGGGGCUGCUGAACCUCUGCAAGCUGUACGUGGGCGGCUACGCAGCCGUGCAGAACGAGAACGUCAUGCACAGGGGGGUGACGGAGGGCGUGACUCUGCUGCUGCUGGCUCUGCAGACGGGCCUGUUGGACAUGCAGGUGCUGCAGCGCACUUUCCUCCUCAGCAUCAUCCUCUUCAUCGUGGUCACCUCCACCCUGCAGUCCAUGAUCGAGAUCACCGACCCCAUCAUCCUGGCGCUGGGGGCCUCCCGUAACAGAAGUGUGUGGAGACACUGCCGGGGACUCAGCAUGUGCCUGCUGCUCCUCAUCUUCCCCGGCUUCAUGGCCUAUAAGAUCUCCCAGUUCUUCCAUAUGGACUUCUGGCUGCUCAUCCUGGUGUCCAGCUGCAUGCUCACCUCCCUGCAGGUGACGGGCACCCUGCUGAUCUACUCGCUGUUCAUGGUGGAGCUGGUUCGACGGGACCCCAUCGACAGCCUGGACGAGGUAAUCUACUGCGUGAACGCGCUGAGCCGGGUGCUGGAGUUCCUGGUGGCGCUGUGCGUGGUGGCCUACGGCACCUGGGAGUCCCUGCUGGGCGAGUGGAGCUGGAUGGGCGCCUCGGUCAUCAUCAUCCACUCCUACUUCAACGUCUGGCUGCGGGCGCAGUCGGGCUGGCGCAGCUUCCUGCUGCGGAGGGAGGCCGCCCACAAGAUCAACUCGCUCCCCCGGGCCACCCACGAGCAGCUGCGCCUGCACAACGACGUCUGCGCCAUCUGCUUCCAGGAGAUGAGCUCAGCUGUGGUGACACUCUGUGGGCACUUCUUCCAUGGGAACUGCCUGCGCAAGUGGCUGUACGUGCAGGAGACCUGCCCCAUGUGCCAUCAGCCAGUGAGGCCCACUGCACCCCCACAGGGUCCGGCCAACCAGGCCCAGGAAAGGGCUGCUCCUGGCGGGGAGGCUGAAAAUCAAGCCCCAGGCUUCGGCCAGGAGGUGGAGGCCGAGGCCGGAGCUGAGCAGACACCACAGGGCGAGACGGGUCAGGAGGAGGAGGAAGCGGAGGAGGCGGCGGAGGCGGAGGCAGGGACGGGGGAAGACGAUGAGGCCUCGGGUGAUGGCGGAACGCCCUCUGACCUCACCAGGGCGCCUGUUCAAGGCCUGCGCUUCAAUGCCAGCGGGCACUUCGUGGGCCUGGCCACCCCCGAGGGGCCGUGGUCGGGGCCGGACCCUUGGGCAUGGGCCCUGGAGGAGGAGCGGCUGGAGGGCCGGAACGGGGCGGGGUUGCACGGCGAGCCGGAUAACGGAGACAGAGCGGAGUGCGUCUGUGGAGAUCCAGCACCAGUCACGGCCAGCAGGUCCUCUCACGGCAGCGGGUCCUAGGGCCCCCACCACGGACUCUGGGGAAGAGGGUUGGACGGGGUUCUUUUAGGGAAAUCUCACACCAGCGCAAGAGGACAUGAGGCUGGAACUACGGGUACGGAGGACAAGGGCGACGGACCACAGGAAACUACAUCAAACAGCCUUCCGCAAAGAAGAACCCCAGUAUCCUCAACGCUGGAGGAAUGCGACUGCAACAGCAAACCAGAAUUCAGUCAGGCGUCGACACCGGCGAGUAGCGAUGGGGUCCACAACAACGGGAGCACUGUGGAGGCAGGCUUCAGGGCGGACGGACUCGGACAGGACCUGGGGUCCGUGUAGACGGGACUGACCUCAGACUGAACGGGCCUGCAGCUGGGCUGCGCAGCGCGGUGGCCGGAGACUGGAGAAAGAGGCCAAUCACAUGACUGCAGGGGGAAAGAGUGGGUGGAGCUGGCAGGAGUGUCAUGUAGCACUGAAGGAAAACUCCACCCGACCUCUCAAACGCAUACACCUUCUGUCCGUGGAGGAUAAUGGAAAUAUAUAUACACAGGUCACCUUAUAGUCCCUCAAGUAGAACAAAAAUUACGAAUAUCUGGGCCUCUGUUUAAGCCAAAACUCUGCUGUCAUGUUUGGAGGGAGGGGAAAAAAUGGCAGGUAGACGAUAAAAAUGUACAUUUCCUACUAUCCUUAUGUGAAAGCAAACUUAAAAAUGAAGCUUCCUGUAAAACUUUGAUUCAUAUAAAUUAAACAAGCUCUUAAAAGUAGCUUAAGUAGUUCUACAAAAUGUGAUUGUUUAAAUUAUUCAAAUGUUUAAACUGGGCAAAUAUGCAUCUCCAACCUCUGCUGCUAUUGUUGUCAUUUGAAUUUUGUGAAGUUCUGCCUCCUUGUGGGCUCUACUUGGUCUACUUUUAAGCAGGGACAAUAAUGCAAAGAUGCAGUACUGUCAGGUCAAGCAUUUUAUUUCAUUUUUCUUUAAGAAUGUAAUAACUCUUCAUUUUUGAGUUUCCUGAAAUAAGCUCAUUCUGAUCAUGUUUUCACUUCGGUGCGCUGGGGAAGAAAAUAGUUUUGCCAAAGUCGCGUUUAUUGUAGUUAAUCUCUUAGACACUUGAAUAUUCUCUGUGGUGACAGCAGUUUUUGGAGACUGCUGAAAGGACAAGAGUUUGUUUGGGGAAAUUUAGCCUCUGAAGCACAAACCUUACGGAUGACAUCUUUUUUGAGCUGCCUUCUCAAAACUCUGAUGUAUCGGACAUGAAGUAUAUAAAUGAUAUUUCAAAA